ACUGGUGGGCCACAAAAGCCAGCAUGAAGGAUAGCCGUCAUCUUAGGCACAAGCUGCAUCUUGCCCAACAUCUUCAAACCCACAAGUGUCAGCACUGUGGGAAAUGCUUUUCUCGGAAGGGACACUUUGAGCAUCACUUGAGAAUCCAUACAGGAGAGAAACCCUAUGAAUGCCAGCACUGUGGGAAAUGCUUUGUUCAGAAGGGAUACUUAGAGCGUCACUUUAGAGUCCACACAGGAGAGAAACCCUAUGAAUGCCAGCACUGUGGGAAAUGUUUUUUUCAGAAGGGACACUUUGAGCGUCACUUGAGAGUCCAUAAAGGAAAGAAACCCUACAAAUGCCAGCACUGUGGGAAAUGCUUUGUUCAGAAGGGAUACUUUGAGCGUCACUUGAGAGUCCAUACAGGAGAGAAACCCUACAAAUGCUGGCACUGUGGGAAAUGCUUUGCUCAAAAGCCAUACCUUAAGAAUCACCUUAGAGUCCAUACAGGAGAGAAACCCUUCAAAUGCCAGCACUGUGGGAAAUGCUUUGCUCAGAAGCCAGGCCUGAAUCAGCACCUCAGAGUCCAUACAGGAGAGAAACCCUUCAAAUGCCAGCACUGUGGGAAAAGCUUCGCUUGGAAACCACACCUUGAAAUUCAUCUGAGAUACCAUACAGGAGAGAAACCCUUCCAAUGCCAGCUCUGUGGGAAAAGCUUUGCUGGGAAGCUAGGCCUGAAGCGUCACCUGAGAGUCCAUACAGGAGAGAAACCCAACAAAUGCCAGCACUGUGGGAAGGGCUUUGCUGGGAAGGCAGACGUGAAGCGUCACCUGAGAGUCCAUACAGGAGAGAAACCCUACAAAUGCCAGCAGUGUGGGAAAUGUUUUGCUUGGAAGCCAGACCUGAAGUGUCACCUGAGAGUCCAUACAAGAGAGAAACCUUUCCAGUGUCAGCACUGUGGAAAAUGCUUUGCUGGAAAGCCAGACCUUGAGAUUCAUAUAAGAAACCACACGAGAGAGAAACCCUAUGAAUGCCAGCACUGUGGGAAAUGCUUCACUCGGGUGGCAAACCUUGAGAAUCACCUGGGAGUCCAUACAGGAGAGAAACCCUAUGAAUGCCAACACUGUGGGAAAUGCUUUGCUCAGAAGGCGGACCUUGAGCGUCACCUGAGAGUCCAUACAGGAGAUAAACCCUACAAAUGCCAACCCUGUGCGAAAAGCUUUGCUCACAAGGCAGAUUUUGCGCGUCACUUGAGAGUCCAUACAGGAGAGAAACCCUACGAAUGCCAACACUGUGGAAAAUGCUUUGGUCGGAAGGCACACCUUGAGUGUCACCUGAGAGUCCAUACGGGAGAGAAACCCUACAAAUGCCAGAACUGUGGAAAAUGCUUUCCUCAGAAGGCACACCUUCAACGUCACCUGAGAGUCCGUACAGGAGAGAAACCCUCCAAAUGCCAGGACUGUGGGAAAGGCUUUGCUCAGAUGGCAUACCUUGAUGACCCCCAGGUGAUUUUCAAGGUGUGCCAUCCGAGCAAAGCAUUUCCCACACAGGUGAGAAAUCCUAAAGGGGCCAGCAGUGCUUUGUUCAUGGUUCAUAUUUAGGAAGCAUCGGGAUGUUCUCACUGAA